ACAGAUGAAGAAAUACUGUAUACUGUCUUUGGUUCAAGGUUUGAUUUCGGUGACAGUGCUCCGCUCUAUCGGGUUUUGAGAGCUUGGAAUACAGGUUACUGAGGCGGACAGCCCCGCUGUAGAGAGCCAAAAUGAUGAACAUGUGGAAAGUCCGGGAAUUGGUUGAUAAAGCAACCAAUGUGGUGAUGAACUACUCGGAGGUGGAGACUAAGGUGAGGGAGGCCACCAACGAUGACCCCUGGGGACCUUCAGGACAGCAGAUGGCAGAGAUUUCCAGAUGUACGUUUAUGUAUGAGCAGUUUCCUGAGGUGAUAAACAUGAUGUGGAACAGGAUGCUCCGGGACAACAAGAAGAACUGGAGAAGGGUCUACAAGUCUCUGCUGUUGUUGUCCCACCUCAUCAGGAAYGGUUCAGAGAGAGUUGUCACCAGCGCCAGAGAGCACAUCUACGACCUACGAUCUCURGAGAGCUACCACUUCGUAGAUGAGAACGGUAAGGACCAGGGAGUGAACGUACGUCAGAAGGUGAAGGAGAUGGUGGAUCUGAUCCAGGAUGAUGAUAGACUGAGAGAGGAGAGGAAGAAGGCAAAGAAGAACAAAGACAAAUACAUCGGCGUGUCMUCUGACAGUAUUGGAGGAGGGUUCAGCAGAUACAACUCCAGCAGCUCUGGCGGUAAUGAGGGAAGCAGCAGAGGGAAGUGGGAUGAGGACUGGAAGAGAGACGGAGGCCAGUUCCCCUUCAGUCGAAAACUGGGGGAGAUCAGUGAUAAGAUCGGCAGCACCAUCGAUGACACAAUCAACAGUUCAGGAAGCAGAGCAGAGACGAUUCCCCACCGAUUCAGUUCUGUCAUACUUUCAGUCACACUAUUUGAAUUGAACUAUCCCCAAAACAAAUUGGUCGUCUUUUUCACCUGGUUUGCGUCCUCUCUGGUCUCCGUAGUGACAAACGAGGAGGAGCGAAGUCGCCCGUCACGGAACGGCCAGUCUGGGAGGUCGGGUUUCAAAGACGAGGAGGAAACCGUGACGACCAAGAGUGUCCAAAUCGUUCAGGCAACAGAAACCACAGCAACCAGGAAGAGAGGCGGGGUUCCGUCCAAACUGUGUCCCUGGGAGCUGCGGCCCUACACAGGAGACAAGAGCCCGAUACCUCCGCCAAACAGGUGUGUGGUGCACACUCCGUCUGCAGCAGCACCCAGUCCUCCAGGUAGUGGUCUGGCUGACCUAUUCAUGGUAGAUACAGGACCCAGCCAGCCCUGCAGCAGCCACCGUACUGCCUCUGGCCCUACAACACUGACCUGUUUGGGGCUCUGUCGGCCAGCUCUGCCCCGGCACCAGCCUCAGCUGACCUGUUUGGGGCUCUGUCGGCCAGCUCUGCCCCGGCACCAGCCUCAGCUGACCUGUUUGGGGCUUCUGUCGGCCAGCUCUGCCCCGGCACCAGCCUCAGCUGACCUGUUUGAUCUGAUGGGUCCAGUCCAGACUCAGUCUCUCUCUGCCUCUCAGAGCCUCACCUUCAAUAUGACCAGCACACAGAACGUGACCAGUACCAUGCCACAGUCUACAUCACUGCCCUUCCAGGUGAUGAGCGGUCCGUUGCAGCCCCAGCAGCAGCAGCAAGUCAUGCUGGGUACCCAGGGUUCAAUGGGGUCAGCGAUCCCCUCCACCUGGUCUGACUCCUCGGUCAAUAUCAGUCUGGACUUCCUGGCACCCGGCGUGCAGCCCCCCAAACCUGCCCAGCCCACCCUCAAAACMCUCCAAGGAGUCCAGCCCCUCCCACCUGUCAACAUGCUCUCCCAGGGAUUCGCCGGCAUGGGCCUCGCCCCCUCUCCCAUCAGAACCCCUACAACUCCCAUGAUGUACCCCGGUGCUGGGAUGGGCAUGGCCCCCGGUGCUGGGAUGGGCAUGGCCCCCAGCCAGGGCAUGAUGGGGAUGGGCAUGGCCCCCAGCCAGGGCAUGAUGGGGAUGGGCAUGAACAUGGGUGCUAUGCCCCAGGCUAACAUGACCAUGGGGAUGAGGAUGCCAGCCAUGUCUAUGGGCUCUGGCAUGGUACAGCAGCAGGCCAAGCAAGGAGUGGACGCCUUCGCGGAUUUCGGCAACUUCAGGAAGUGAGGGAAGAGAAGGAGAGGGGUGUUUCUGUUUCUCUCCAUCCAACAGACUGUCCAUGAAGGAUUGUAAAGAGCUGCAAACAAAGAGUACUUGAAUGUUGUCAAAUAUCAAAUACUGACUGCCACCCCUCCAUUUCCUGUUUCUUUCCUUUAAGUGAUAUAUAGAGACAUGAAUAUACAUGAUUGUACGUGUCUUUUAAUCAGUUGGAACUUGCAAUCAAGUACCUUUUAGAGUGUAUUCAGUACAGUAAUGGUUGUGUGCUGUUCAGGUCUGAAUCAGAGAGAACAACUGAGAGCAAAAGACACGGUGCCAGAAUAAUGCAGAGAUGUUUCACUUUAAAAUGUAUGCCAAACAAAAACCAAUGAUUGCAAAGUUAAACAACCCAGACAAUUCUAUGCACCAGGACGGCUUUUAAACUUGUAUGGUUUGUUUAACUUCUCAAUAAUAGUUUUUUGUUUGUAUUGCAUUUUAAAGCACCAUUCUGUUACCAUGGAAUUGUCCAGAUGAAACUUCAAGAGAAUGUCAGUGGGGGUUUUGUUUUACUUAAUCAGUUAAUUGUCCAGAGUAGCAAAAAUAUAGUUUUCUAUGAUAAUCCCACCCCAACAACUCCCCAUCCAUCUCUUUUAGAAUGUCAGGUUAUCUCGACAUGUCCCUUCCCUACAACUGUAAAUAUUACUGGUGCGACAGACAAAUAAAUUAUUGAGUACUUGAUUAUGAUAUGAUGAUGCCGUGAAGAGGUGGGUGUCAAUUGGACGGAACCAGAUGUCAAUCAAGACGUUGCUAUGGCACGCUACAUUGCCAUGGCGCUGGUCUUUAAUACCUACUUUAUAUAACAGCGUUCCACACUCCAAAUGUGGAGUUUCUGUUCAAUAUUAGACUUAACAAAUCAAUCAAUCGUUUAUUGAUGGAUGGAUUUAAUAAGUGAAUGAAUGAGAAAUGAUUGAAAGUUGUUAAUUGAAGAAGCUGUGGUAACGAUAACACAGAUCUCCUUUGUGGCCUUUCUUAUGGGUAUAUAUUUUUUAAAGAACUAAUCUUUUUUUUCCUUGCAUCCAAAUAAGAUAAUCAGUAGAUGUAGGAACAACCUCCUGGUGGGCUGUGUUCUUUAAGUACAGCACAUGGUGCCUGUACGACGGAGGCCUUUUUCCUUCAUUAUAACUUACAGGAGACAGACGGAGAGACGAUACAACUAUAGUGUUCAUGACAGUUACUGUUAGUCUACAGCACAGUAUGUAUGUGUGGUUCUUACUGCUCCCUCUGUCCCCUGGGACCCUCGUGGAAUAGGGGGGAAGAUGUCCCUAGAUGCUGAUCUUGGGUCAUUUUUGCAUUUUCCUCCACUGAUGGUUUAGGUUAGGAUUGUGGGUGGGGAAGUUGAUCCUAGCUCUGUACUUGGGGGAAAAUUCACCCCGGAGUGGAUCUCUGAAGGAGAGGUUUCUCAGACAGUGCAGGUCUAGGAGAGGAUUUCUCUCCUAGGAGGGGGGGGGGGGGGGGUCGUACAUCUCAUAUGGCACCCUAUACACUUUAUAGUGCACUACUUCCGACCAGAGCCCUUAGGACUUGGGUCAAAAGUAGUGCACUAUAUAGGAAAUGGGUACAUGUGGAAGUCAUGACCAUUUUACAAGGUCAGCGAGUACCUCACAUGUAAACUAGACUCCUCUGUUUCAGAGCUAUGUUCUCUUCCAGGAGUUCGGGUCAAUUCUGGAAGUACACUGAAAUUCCAGUUUUCUUCAAUGCUUUUCAUAAGGAAACUGUUGAAUGUAGUUUACUUUCUAAAUUGACUGAAAUGGAAUUGCCCCGAACCCGGCACAGAUAAACACACAGUAGCCUUCUGUCUGAGCUGAGGCUUUACCUGCUGGAAACGACCAAAAUGUAACUCUUUUUCUAAGAGAUGAUGUCCUUAGGGUGUUGUUUUAUUCUUUCUCUGGUUUCAUUUUUUUCUACUUAUUACAAUUGUUCUGAGAUCUUCUGUAAUGUGGGAUUGUUACAUAAAAUAAAAACACUAGUUUAUGCAAAUGUAUAAAAAGAAAAAGUGACGCAUCACCAACGAAAAGAGCCUUGAGAAAAUGUUUUUGUUUGAUUUGAUUGUCCCAUGAUCCUUUUAUCUACGGCAUUAAAACAGUUGAUUACAGUU